AUGGAUGACGAGGAUAUCACGAUCGCGAGCGUUCCCAAGAAGCCGAUUUUCUUUGGAAGCCUCGAGAUUGCCGAGAAGCAGCGGCUCGAGAAGCUGAAGAAGCAGGCCGCAAUGUUCGCCGCGAAAGGCGUAGUGGGGGACGGCGAUUCGGACGACGACGAGUCUGGCGGCAAGAAAGAGAUUAAGGAGGAGGAGAUGGAGGGAAACGCAGGAGAAGGUGAGGAGGAGGACGAAGGGGAUGAGGAUGAGGAAGAGGAGGAUGAUGAGGAGGGAGAAGAAGGGGAAGGAGGAGGAGGAGGUAAGGGUAAAGGAGUCGAGUACGAGUUAUCAGAGACCGGGAAACGCGCGAAGGAGCGUCAGGAGCAGAUGCUUAAGGAGCUCGAGAUGAAGCGACGCGCGCGCGCGCUCGCGGUGCCUACUAGCGACACGGCGGUGCGAUUGCGACUCCGCGCGAUCGGCGAGCCAAUCACGCUCUUCGGCGAGCGCGAAAUGGAGCGGCGCGACCGACUUAGGUCUAUAAUGGCUAAGUUAGACGCCGAGGGGCGGCUCGACGAGCUCUACGAGGCGAUCGAGCGGCAAAUGCGGGAGAGCGGGGAAGGCGGCGCGGAGGUUCUAGAAACGGAGGAGGUGCCUCAAGCGGAGUUGUUCUAUACCGAGGGGAGUAAGGAGCUGCUGCUGGCGCGGCAGGAAAUUGCGGUGUUUUCGCUGCCCCGGGCAGCAUGCAGGUCGGUUGAGAGCGGUGCUAAGCAGCAGGUAUCAGAGAUAGGCGAUGAGCGUCCCAUUUCUGCGUGUUCUCUCUCCCCCGACGCCUCUCUCCUCGCCACCUCGGGGUGGAGCGGCGCGUGCCGCCUCUGGUCGCUGCCAGCUGUGCGGGCGGCAGGCGCCCUGCGCGGCCACUCAGAGCGCGCCACGUGUGUGGCCUGGCACCCCCACGCGCUCUCCUCGCUCCCUGCCUCUGGCCCAAACAUUGCCACAGCCGGUGCUGACAAGUGUGCCCUGCUGUGGCCACUACCAUGGGCAGCAUCAUCCCCUCCCGAUGCCAACGGCCAAUCCGACAACCCCACAUCCCUCCCUCAAUCCGACGGCCCUGAUUCCUCCUCCCGCCCCGCACCCCCCUCCUCCUCCUCCUCCCCCGCUCUCUCCACCCCUCUCCUCCGCCUCUCCGGCCACUUAGACCGGAUCGCGCGAGUCGCCUUCCACCCGUCGGGAAGGUUCCUGGCAAGUACGAGUUUCGACAAGACCUGGCGCCUGUGGGAUGUGGAGCGGGGGGGAGUGGAGUUAUUGCUCCAGGAGGGGCACAGCCGGGCGGUGUACGGCGUCUCUUUCCAAAAGGACGGCGCACUCGUGGCCACGUGUGGCCUUGAUGCUCUGUGCCGAGUGUGGGACUUGAGAACAGGGAGAAGCAUUCUGGCUCUGGAAGGACAUGUGAAGCCGCUCCUUGCAUGUGAUUUUUCCCCCAACGGCUACCACCUAGCAACAGGAGGCGAGGACCACACAUGCCGCGUGUGGGACCUGAGAAGAUGCAGGAAGGGCAUGGGAGGUGGAGGGGGAGGGGGAGCAGGGGGGGCGGAGGGGAGUGGCGGCAGCCUGUAUGUGAUCCCGGCUCACACGCGGCUGGUGUCGGUGGUGCGGUAUGAACCCAGGGAGGGUCUGCUGCUUCUCACCGCUGGCUAUGAUAACACUGCCAAGGUGUGGUCGGGGCGGGACUUCAAGCCCGUGAAGGUGCUGGCAGGGCACGAGGGCAAGGUCAUGGGUGCUGACGUGGCAGCAGACGGGCAAUGCAUCGCCACGGCGUCUUAUGAUCGGACCAUUAAACUAUGGGGUAAUGAUGAUGCUGGGGCUACACCCAUGUUGCGAUGA